AGUUUGUCCACAAUUGCUGUGAAAAACCAUUGAAUACAUUGUCACCGAAAAUGAGUUACCAUUUGAUGCCAUCGGAGAUCGCGCGACUCGUAUUAGGAUAUCUUAAGGAAAGCCAAUGCAUUGAAACCGAGAAGCAGUUCCUGAAGGAAAGCAAACAUCUGACGGAAUACGCCAUCGGCUUAAGACACGGAUUCAAUUACUCGACGAAUAUCAACGGCAAGUCCCUCUUGGAUAUCAUCAACUCAUGCCAUGAGAGCGACACCAACGCCGCCGCCAAAGACCGGCACAAGAAGUCACCGACGGAUGAGUUGAGACGACUGUCUCAGCAGUUGUUGAAAAAGUCGAGUCCGCUGUUUGUCAAUCCGAUUGGUGUGAACGCGUUGCCGAUCGUCGACAACCAAACGCCCCACAAGACUACUGUCCCCUCCGGAAGGGAUGGCAUAUUCAGGACUCUCCCCAUAAGUGACGCAAUUAGUCCGCGCAACUACGCCUCAUGA